CACUCAUUCUUCAUCCUACAUUUCCUAUCCCCCGCACUGUUAUUUUCUCCACUCUCUCUCUCUACACCAUUCUUCAGUUUUUCACCAAAAAAACAAACACAUACAUGAUUCUGUACUGUUGCUUCUCCUCCCCUUCACUUCCCCUUCUCCCUAUUCAUUAUUCCCUCAAACACAGUCGAUUCUGCUUCCUCCUUCCCGCCAAGAGCACCCACCGCACAGCAGCUCCGCCCUCAACCCCUCGUGUCUCCAGGAAUCUCGCUGCCUCUGCUCAGAAUCAGGUAUCCAAGACGACCGACGGAGGGGGGUUUAGAGCGUCGGAGCUUCUCGAUGGCGAGCUACUGGGUCAGGUUUCGACCGCCGGAGAUGCGGCCGAGGCGCUGCUUCUCAUUGCGGAGGAGCGGCGAGGUGGCGGCGUCGUGAGUGUUUCUGACUGUCGUUUGAUUAUCUCGGCGGCGCUUGAUCGUGGCAACGCUGAGCUGGCACUCUCCGUGUUCGCCGCCAUGCGCGCGAGCUUCGACUCUGGGUGGGUUGAGAAUUCAACUUCCGCUGAGAAAUGGAAGUGGUCAAGACCUGAUGCGCAUACCUAUACAUUAUUAGCCAAGGGGCUUGCAGCGUCAUUAAGGGUUUCAGAUGCCCUUAGAGUGAUUGACUGUGUUUGCCGAGUGGGAGUGUCUCCUGGUGAAGAGGUACCUUUCGGUAAGGUUGUGAGAUGCCCUAGUUGUAUGAUAGCUGUUGCUGUUGCUCAACCACAACAAGGCCUUAUUUCCUGCUCGAAAUGCCGCUACCAGUAUGAACUAGUUUCAGGAAACAUUCUGAACAUAGAUUCGGAAGAAAUUAGUAUAAUGUAUAAGGUGUUGAUCCUGGGAUAUUCGCUUGUUCUAAGGAUCUCCUCCUGCCGAACGCAGCAUGGAAGUCCCUGCAUGGAGACGAGGGCUACAGUUUCUGCAAAUAAUGAAGCAAAACAUUCCAGCUGCCGUGCACUCCAUUGUGGUGGAAACCCCGUCUGGCUUGGCAAGAACUCACAGGAAGGAGAAAGAGUGACUGUUGCUGUAGCAGCCCCAUUAAGUGCUUACAGGGAAGUUGGCCCUUUAAAGUUUAGUCCACGAGUUCCCAGUUUCUACCCUGGGGAGCCCAUGUGUCUCACCAAUCAUAGGGAUGGUAGAGAAUCUCGAUUGCUUAGAGCGCCUGCUAAAGAUGUGGGCAAGUCCUUGCUGAGUCCAUCCAUCUUAUUUCCAAUUAUUGCUGUGUUUGCAACUGGGGAUGCUGCCUCGGGAAUAGUUGACCCUAGUUUGCCUCAGUUGAUUGCAGUUGCUGUGGCAUCUUCAGUUGCUGUUGCCGUGACAUUUAAUAGUUUCGUUCUUCCACAGCUCAACAAGGCAGGUCCUUCAGAAUUGGUGUUUGCUGUUUUCAUACAACUUCCUCAAAGAUCAGUGGAUAUAACAUCUGUAAGGCAGCAGCUGUUAUCUCAGUAUGAUGUACUUCAGACCCGCAUCAAGGAGUUGAAGAAAGCUGCCGAAAAUGAGGUUUGGAUGCUAGCUCGCAUGUGGCAGUUGGAGAACAAAAUUUAUGCUGUUGGAGAACCUUCUUACCGUGCUAGAAGAAAUAAAGUCAAAAGGGUACGUGAGGGUUUAGAGAAUUCCCUCGAGAAUCGGAUUGAACUGAUUGAAAGCUAUGCUAGGAUUUCUUCCAUGAUCGAAAUUGAGGUAGAAUUGGACUUGGAUGUUCUUGCUGCAGAAACUGCCAGUAGCUCAAAAUGGAGACUGCAAGCCGAGGCUAAUGAUGAAGCUGAACGACUUCUUAGUUCUCUUUCUGAACAGGUUCCAGAGAGGUAGUUGCUGCCUCUUGUUCCAAUAAUUAUUUGACCAAAUAUCAUUUGUCUUAAUGAUUUUUGGGAUGUGGCAUUGGAAUUGUUGACCAAGCUUCACAUUUACACUUCACUUUUAAAUGGUUCUUAUUUCCUUCGGAACAAAGGAUCGACUGCAAAUCGAAUGAUCAAGCACGUGCUUUCCUUUUCCACUUUUUGGGUAUAUUUUGAUUUGGAAAUUUUAAAGUCUUCCUUCUUUCUCUGUAAUAUAAUCAUGAUUCGUGAUUAUGUUAAAGGCGUCUUUUAUGCAUCAUCGUUUGACUUUAUCGCCAUUUUAUUGUCUACACAUUAUCUACUGUACGAGGUAAUAAUUGAGUGUCGCGUGUACAACUGUGAUGACAU